GUCACUGUUUUCAUAUUCACGGCGGCGCCUUCAGCUGUUAAACAUCAACAGUGAAAUCAUUAAUAGCCUUAGCAUUUUAAUCAAUCUAGUAAUUUUCAACUUAAUUUGUGAUUUCAUUUCAAAUAUCUAUUUCUUCUUAAGCUAUUUUCGUUAUCUUAAUUACUAAUUUAUGAUUAUGCCAAUAAAUUGUGCUCUGGUAUAAUUGGUUUGAUCAAUGACUGUCACGGAAUACAAUAGUUUUUGCUCUUGCCGGCUCUAUUUGAGGAUUCAGCUUGGAUGAACUGGGAUCGAUCGAUUGGACUCAUAGCCCUGACAACUACUGGCAUUUCGUUGUUGACUUAUAGCUUUUUUAUCCUAAUUGUACCCAUUUUGCCGCCUAUGGAAAUUGAUGCUGAUGAAUCCUUUUUCUCUCGUGGUCUACUUUUUUGGUUAAUCACUCCUCCAAUAGCAAUCGCUUCUAUGAUCUACCUAACGUCAUUCAUCAUACUUUUUAGACUCUAUAUGGAAUUGAAAGAUGGAAAGAAAAAGCAGUGAACAAGGAAGCUGGAAACUCAAUGAAUAACUUGCUUGAAAAAUCGUCACAAUUCUAUCAUGAAAUUUGAUGAUUUAUAUAAAUGUUUACUUUUUCAAAUGUUUGAGAGCACCACAAAUGAUGAAUUGGUUAGCAUGACCUGAGAUUGGUUGAUAUUGCAUGCAAAUGGUUAAUAUUGUAAAAUAUGAUUAUCAUUAAGAAAAGAUGAUACUUUUCUGUGAAUAAAGUAAGAUAUAUGGCAAGCAAUUAUAAAAUGAUGACAAAAAUGACAAUAAAAACAUGCUCCUUCUACGAAUGGCAAAUAAACGAAAAGUAAGUUUAAAAAAGUUGGAAAUCAAAAACAUAAUCCAACUCAAAGUCUUGUGAGCGUAAGGAAAAGCAAUCACUUGAUCACCAAUAAUUGUAUGGACGAGCAAGAUCUCGUCGACGAAUCUUCACAUUCUGAACAAAUUUCUUCCAUGGACUCUAUCACUGAAGAUCCCGAAAUAAUGGAACAAACUGAAUUUGAAAGUUACCCAGCAUUUCGAAAGUACUUCAAUAGACAAAUGGUAGAUAUUGAUUACUUGGUUUAUCCCAAGAAACCAAAGAUUUGGUACUUUUGUUUUGGAUUAACUUUUCUGGUAAUUACCGGUUUAAGAGCAGCUUGGCAAGCAAGUUAUACUCAACUUUCUGUCUUUUCCUAUUACAUUGGUGAUAUAUCAUUAGCCGCUGGCGAUGCUAUUCGUAAACAAUUGGCUUCAAUCUAUUUCAUUUGGAUAACUGGUUCUGCUAUAUUAGCAGUGAAUCUUUACAAAACUCAACGUGAACCAUCGCUUCAACAUUGGGCCAAAAGUAUUGGCCAAGUGUUUCAACAUUAUUCAACCACUCAUCAUCCCAUCUACCCUGGCUUACCUUACAAGUUGAUUAAAAUGUUUGCUAUUUUUAAUCAGAUCAACUUUUACUCCGGAGGAUCAUUAGCUCUGCUCUGUUCAUUGCCAACUCUCUAUGUUUAUCCACCAGAAUAUACAAUCUAUGCCGUCUCUUGGCUACCAUUUAAUGUGUUUACUGGUCUUUUUUGUGGUGCUUAUGUAAUUAAUUUCACUUCUCUGUAUUUCUUGUUUGUUUACAUUUUCGCCCAACAAAUGGACAAAAUGUUUGCAUCUUUCACAUCCAUUUGGACUAUAGCAUCACCAUCGCCGCCUUCGUCCGAUUCAUUGUCAAUAAGUGGCUCGAUAAUCAAAUUUCAAAGCUGUUUGUUGGACAUUUUGCAGCAGUUGAACAAUUCAAACAGAUUUUGGUUCUUUUUGAACAACAUCAUCUUCUUAGUUACAUUUUGUGUCCAAUCCAUGCUUCUUUAUAUAAUAUUUUUCGUCAAAGUUCCAAGUUUCUUGUUGGCUGCUCUGAUUGGCUAUGCUAUUCUUAAUUUUUCUUGCGGUCAAUCAUUUCAUUUCAUCUUUGGUGCUUACGGACAACGAAAGAUAGAUCAACACCUGCACAAGUUGAAGCAAUCACUUUACUUGGACUCAACUAUAAACGCUAAAAUAAAAUCGAUUACUUUUUUAGAGCACAUGGAGAAUCGACAUUUUUUCAGUGUAUUUGGUUCCCUUAACUAUUCAACUCAUCAUUUGGUCUUAGCAAUCCUAGAAAGUGCGACUAAUCUAUUGUUGAUUAUUACAUCACUUGGUAGAGCCAGAACUUUCAUGAAAAUAUGAGUUACUGAGUCCUUGGUUCGAACAAACGACUCUGAACAAACAUCAUUAUGGAAAAUCUGUUAACCACAAAUUGCGAUUAAAUAGUUUUGUUAUUGAUCUUCACAUUCGUAAAGUAAGAACCAGAUAAUAAAGGAAUGAAACCAUUUCAUUUUCUGA